CAGCGGCGGCGGCGGCGGUAGCGGCGGCGGCUGCAGCUCGCGGCGCGGCCUUCCCCGCCCCCUCGCCUCCGCGCUUCCGCCGGCCCCUCGCCUCGGCGCUGACAGACGGGCCGCGGCCUCGCGCGCGUCGGCAGCGAGCAUGGGUGACAAGAAGAGCCCCACCAGGCCGAAGCGGCAGCCGAAGCCCGCCUCGGAUGAGGGCUACUGGGACUGCAGCGUCUGCACCUUCCGGAACAGCGCCGAGGCCUUCAAGUGCAUGAUGUGCGAUGUGCGGAAGGGCACCUCCACCCGGAAACCUCGCCCUGUCUCCCAGCUGGUCGCACAGCAGGUCACUCAGCAGUUCGUGCCCCCUACCCAGUCGAAGAAAGAGAAGAAAGACAAAGUAGAGAAGGACAAGAGUGAGAAGGAAGCAGCUAGCAAAAAGAACUGUCACAAGAAAACCAGACCAAGAUUAAAAAAUGUGGACCGGAGUAGUGCUCAGCACUUGGAAGUCACUGUUGGAGACCUGACAGUCAUUAUUACAGACUUUAAGGAGAAAGCCAAGUCAGCGCCGGCAUCCAGUGCUGCUGCUGGGGACCAGCACAGCCAGAGCGGCUGCAGCUCCGACAACACUGAGCGGGGAGUGUCCAGGUCCUCCUCACCCCGUGGAGAAGCCUCUUCCCUGAACGGAGAGUCUCACUAAACAUUCUCGCUCCACUUAGUCAUGCCUGUCCUCCAUGGAAAUACGGAUUAUGCCAACAACUACCACAUUUCCAUGACAGACACACUCAUGCAUAACCUAUAAUUUGAGUUUUACAUGAAGUAUGAAUUUGCCAGGAUUUAUUAGAGUUUAUUGCGGUGUAAGCUACCGAACAUUUCCAGACUUAACAUUUUGGUCUCUGCUAUUAAAUGCCAUGAAAAUGUGGUUGAAUUAUUCAUUAUGCAGUGUUAUUGGUAAGUCUAUUUUCACUUAUAGUUUAGUGAGUUCUAACACAUAAUUAUUGAAUUCUCUACUAUUGGCAUGUAAUGAGUUUAAAUUUUUUAUUACAUAGUGCAAGCUGCCUAAAUAUGUAUUAUUUGAGAAUUGUGAAACAAAUAGUUAUAUGUAUGCAAGUCAGAGAUCAACUUAAUCAACUAUUGCUGCAACAGGAUUUUCUUAAUGGUUAUCCUCUUAAUGCACCUGCUGGUACUUGGUGUGAUUAAAUAGGAAGUUGUUAUUAAAUAAAGAAUUUGUAUGAACCUUUGCCAAUGUUUUUUGACAUAUUUUUACUAAAUUAUUGUUUCUGAGUUAUGUUUUAUCCAUUUUUUGCAGUUUAUGUUUGUUAGUUUGCUUAUUUUUCAAAGCAUCAGUUUAUUGCACUGUUUACUAGCUGAAUGGUAAACUGUAGAACAUGGAUUGUUUCUCUUUCUGAUUCAGGUUUAGUGCUGUUGUCAUUGAACACUGGUAUUUCCUGUAUUCUCUAAGACAUUAACGUUAAAGAAGUACAAGCAUCUGGCAGAAACAGAAAGAACUUGCCAUACUUGCGAAAGCUUUAACUUAAUGAUAGUUUUAUCACUGUUAUCUUGUUUGAAACCUAUCCAGGGUCAUAGAUGUAUGAAUCUAAUUGGUACAGACAUGUAACGAUUGCACAGAACUGGGAUGUCACUCCUAAGUCAGUUUAAUUGGCCUUUUACUAAAGAUAACAAUUCGUAUGGAAACCAUAGUACUCUAGUUCAGAUACAACCUUCAAUUUAUGCACUUAUCAAUAUCUUUAAAUAAAAAGUAUUUACAGCCCCACUCACUUAUGUAUAAUUACCAAUAAAAUAUUUUUUAUGACUUAAGAUUUUGCAUCUUGUUUACAACUAAAUAGAGUGUGUUAUGUUGUAUUUGAAAAUCCACCUUAGAAACUACAUGCUACAUCUUAAAUUCUCCUCAGGUUCUCUUGUUUUCUCUAGCCAUUUGCUUAAUAUAUAUCUGCCUAUAGGGGGGCUUCUGAAAUGUAAAUUAACCUAAAGACAAAACCUAACUUGAAUAUCAUCUAUCACAUAAAAGACAUCAUGGUAACAUUUGAAGGAAAAACUGUGUCCCCUGACACCCUGACAGUUGUGAUAUUUGAGAAUGUAACGGUUGAAAUGCAGUACGUUUUAUUGGCACCAGUGGUACUCUUGUAACAUGCUAGUUGUGAAUACCGUUUAUUGCAUACAGUAAAAGUCUGUGA